AGCACAGCAGGAGGAGAUUCAAAAACUGAAAAAGAUGUUGGAGAAAGAACGUCACCUGCAAGCCCAACGUGAACAUGAAAGAAACGAGGCAGAGAUUAAAGAUGUGUCAAAAGUUUCUUCCGCUUCCAAAGAUACAACCGACAAGAGCCUACUUCAACAGCUGGAUCACUUCAAGAGGGAGGCUGAAAAAUACGCCUCCCGGAACAAAGGUUUGAUUGAAGUAAUGGUGGAAGAAUACAAGGAUCAGGUGGCAGACCUGAAGGAGAAGUUGAAACUUGCUCUGGAAAAUAACCAUCCAAGAGUUUCCACCCAACCAGAGGCCCCCCUGCAGACAGAAGGCUCCCUACAAACAGAGGAGUCCAAACAAAGACAGACCUCCAAUCCACCAGGGAGGUCUGAGGAAAGACAGACCUCCCGUCCACCAGGGGUCUCCCGUAGCCUGGCUCGGCCUUUGCACCGACCCACACCCAGGUUGCAAUCAGAGGAGUCCAGGCAAAGUCAAACCUCCACGCAAUCAUGGAGGUCCGAGGAAAGACAGGUGUCCAUGCGACCAACCUCCACUGGUCACAUGGAGGGCCUUCAUGUUGGCAUUGGUGUGAAGGCCAGUCUUUGCCCGGCUCGGCCGUUACACCGACCCACACCCAGGUGGUAUUAACCUAGGUCACCAUCAAAACCCAGGUUUUGCUCAAACUGAGCAUUAUUCUGAAAUCUGAGGCUUUACACAAAUUUGGUAAAUAAAAACAGAAACAGGCCUCAACGGAAAUAAAAUUCCUGACUCCAAAAUCAAUGGAGAAAACACAAGAUCAGUUCAAAACAGCAUAAGAAACAUUAUUAAAACUUUCCUAUAUAAAAGCUGAUCAGGUAAAAUUUCUCAAAGAUUAAUUGAUUAAUUGAUCUCUCUAAAUUGUCCUAAGGUGUGAAUGUGUGUGUGCAAGAAUAAGUGUGUUAGAUGAUGGAUGGAUGAAUAUUUGUUAAAAGUGUCUGACAGUAGAAUAUGAAACAGAGAGUCUGUGAAAAGUCCUCUGGCUCUGCUACUGUCCAGAAACAACCAAUCAGAACCAAAAGACAAACUUUUGGUUCUGAUUGGUUUCUAAUGUGUUGAAUGUGUCUCAGCACAUCCAACACAUUAGACUACUAGUGUACUGCAGCUACACAAUUGGCAGAAAUACAACCUAGCAUUAUAUCAUUGUUUAUUUAUAGAAUAAUUUAGAAAACAAAAUGUUGUACAGGUUUGUCAAAACUAUUUCAACCCAUAUUAGAACUUUGAAUUGAUUUACCUUCAUUUUAGUAGCUGCGAUUUUGCUUUACCCUAACAAUACUAGUCUAUUCCUAAUUCUAACAUUAACUAAACCUUAAUUGGCAUCUUACCUCUAAAUGUUACCCCUGAUCCAAAGCAAUGAGUCCAUCAUAUUAGGACCAGGCUUUAGUCCUAAUAUGAUGGAACUAAUGUGACACUGGACAUAUAAUGGUGCCUUCACACCAAAUGUGUUUUGAGCGUCAGGCGCGUCUAGUUUGCAUUCAAAGUCUAUAUGGAGGCACUUCAAGUGUCUAGCAGCCAUUUGGAGCUUUAGGUUCGUCCAACGUCCACAUAGACUGAAUAUAAACCAGACUCACCUGACGCUCAAAACAUGUUUGAUGUGAAUGCACCAUUAGAAUGUUCAGCUCCACUGGUAAUGAUGACAUCAGCAGUGAUGACAUCAUGAUUCUCUCUCUAGUGUAGCACACAGAAUGUUUUUUCAGACUUGUUCCUGUUUCAGACUUAUAAGUUAUAAGUUAUGAAUCUUCUCCAGGAAUAUUGUUAAAAUUAUUUGAAGACACAGAAUCAGUCCAGUACAGGUUCACAUUCUCAGGUUAGAGUCUCACCUGGUAUAAAGGUAAUUUUUCAGCACUGGAAUUUAAUUUAUUAAUUUAAUCAAAGCAUGUCAUGAAUAUGUGUGCAUGUACUCCAUCUUAAGUCCAGAGCAUACUAGUUUUUUAUUGCUUUUGUCUUCACUAGAUGAUAUGCAUAUAAGAUAUAACAUAAACAUCACUAUUCAGAGAUGUAAUGAGUUUAUAGCAGUUGUUUGAAUGAUCUAAUCGUCUGUUGAUUUACAGUAAUCCCUGUUAAUAGCAGAUAUAGAGGAACCCAAAAUUAAAUUCUGCUUUGUCCCCUUGGAGGUUUGGGCCAGCGGCCCUGAUGCCAACAUCUCCAGAAAACAUAUUAAAGAUUGUGAUUGUAGAAUGUGUUACACACACCAGGACUGGUGUCAGUGUAACAGAUGCUGAUUUUCCUGUAGAAAGUAACAAACAGGUUGAAGUGAAGAAAUAAAUCUGUGCUUCACUAAUCCUCCUGGAAUCUGUUCUGGUUAAACAUUUAUUAAACACA